GGGAGGCGCGUGACCUUCUUUCCCUCCCUCCCUCCCUCCCCGGCGAGGCGCUGUCCUCUCGUGACUCGGGUCUCCCGCAAAGAAGAAGAAGAAGAAGAAGAAGAGGAGGAGGAGGAGGCGCCAUGGAGGUCCGGGGUCCACGCGUGGAAGGGAGAGGGUCCUGCCUGCCCCCCCUCCUCUCCUUCCUUUUCCUUCUCAGCAGCCUGGGAGCCCCCUCCUCCUGCCUGUCCGCCCCCCUGCUCUGGGCGCCCGAGCCCGACCAGCUUUUCCGGGUCCCCGAGGGAUGGCGCUCCGAGGGCCGCGUGGCCCCCUCCCACCCGCUGGGCCUCACCUUCGCCCUCCGGCAGCGCAACCGGGACCGGCUGGAGGCGCUCGUGGCCGAACUCUCCUCGCCCCGCUCCACGCACUACGGGCGCUUCCUGUCCUUGGCCGAAGUGGGGGCCCUGGUGGCCCCCUCCCUGGAGACGCUGGACGUGGUGGGGGCCUGGCUGGAGGAGCACGGCGUGAGCGAGUGCCAGGUGGUGGCCACCAUGGACUUCCUGCAAUGCCAGAUGCCGGCCGGCACGGCCGAGCGCCUCCUCCCCGGAGCCCGGUUCCACCGCUUUGUCAACGAGGAGCAGCGGAGCGUGGCCCUCUCCCCAACCCCUUACAGCCUCAGCAAGGAGAUGCAGGAGCACGUGGAUUUCGUGGGCGGCCUGCACCGCUUUCCUCCGGAGAAGAGGGCCCUGGUCCGGUCCUGGGCCGCGAAGGAGCCGGGCCCGCGCUCCACCUUCCACCUGGGAGUGACGCCCGCCGUGCUCCGCAAGCGCUACAACCUGACGGAGGCCGACGUGGGAGGCUCCCCCAACAGCAGCCAGGCCUGCGCACAGUUCCUGGAGCAGUACUUCCACCCGGCGGACCUCUCGGAGUUCAUGCACCUCUUUGGGGGGGGCUUCCCGCACCUCUCCAGCGUGGACCAGGUGGUCGGCCACCAAGGGGGGGGCAAGGCCGGGCUGGAGGCCAGUCUGGACGUGGAGUACCUCAUGAGCGCCGGCGCUAACAUCUCCACCUGGGUCUUCAGCAACGCAGGGCGUCACGAGGGGCAGGAGCCCUUCCUGGCCUGGCUGCUGGAGCUGAGCAACCGCUCCUCCCUGCCCUGGGUCCACUCGGUCAGCUACGGGGACGACGAGGACAGCCUCUCCGCAGCCUACAUGCAGCGCGUCAACGUGGAGUUCCAGAAGGCCGCCGUCCGCGGGGUCACCAUCCUCUUCGCCUCCGGAGACUCCGGGGCCGGUUGCCGCACGGUCCAGAGGGGGAAGCACGUCUUCCGGCCCAGUUUCCCAGCUUCCAGCCCCUACGUCACAACUGUCGGGGGGACCUCCUUCCAGCACCCCUUCCUGGUCAGCGUAGAGGUCUCCGACUACAUCAGCGGCGGCGGCUUUAGCAACGUCUUCCCCAUGCCGGAAUACCAGACGUCGGCCGUGAAGUGGUUCCUGAGCACGGCCCCCAAGCUGCCCCCCUCCAGCUACUUCAACGCCUCGGGGAGGGCCUACCCGGACCUGGCCGCCUUGUCCGACAACUACUGGGUGGUGUCCAACCGCAUCCCCUUGCCCUGGGUCUCCGGCACUUCUGCCUCGACUCCGGUGGUGGCGGGAAUCUUGGCCCUGAUCAACGACCGGCGCCUGCAGAGAGGCCUCCCACCACUGGGCUUCCUCAACCCCGCCCUCUACCGGCUCCAGGAUCAGGGCCACGGCGCGGCCCUCUUUGACGUCACAAGUGGGUGCCACCUCUCCUGCCUGGAUGCCAUCGUGGAAGGGCAAGGCUUCUGUGCGGCUCCUUCCUGGGACCCCGUCACCGGCUGGGGCACCCCCAACUUCCCGGAGCUCCUACGUGCCCUGAUGGACUAGCCCUGUGUUUGAUUUGGGGGGGGGGGAUAUUAGGAGGUAGCCCCUUCUCACAGAAACGUACCACUGUUGUGGCAGGGAAUGGCUCCCCACAGCAUUGCAGGAUGGACCAACCGAAGAGCCUUAGGGUCUCUCCUCACUAUAGGCUUCCACGAUUGAAUGAGGACAUGGUAGUGGAACUAGACUGGAUUUUGGGGUGGGGGGAAAUGUGGGAUGCCUCCCUCAAAGAACUGGGCCUGGGUGCCUUUGGGUCUUCCAUACAAACACACACACACACACAAACAAACUCAGGAGGCUGUGGUGAGUUUUCCGGGCUGUCUGGCCAUGCUCCAGAAGCAUUCUCUCCUGACGUUUUGCCCACAUCUAUGACAGGCAUCCUCAGAGGUUGUGAGGACUGUUGGAAAAGAGGCAAGUGGGGUUUAUAUAUACAAGUACAGUAGAGUCUCACUUAUCCAACGUAAACGGGCUGGCAAAACGUUGGAUAAGCGAAUAUGUUGGAUAAUAAGGAGAGAUUAAGGAAAAGCCUAUUAAACAUCAAAUUAGGUUAUGAUUUUACAAACUAAGCACCAAAACAUCAUGUUAUACAACAAAUUUGACAGAAAAAGUAGUUCAGUAUACAAUAAUGCUAUGUAGUAAUUACUGUAUUUACGAAUUUAGCACCAAAAUAUGAUAUAUUGAAAACAUUGACUACAAAAAUGCGUUGGAUAAUCCAGAACGUUGGAUAAGCGAGUGUUGGAUAAGUGAGACUCUACUGUAGAGUCUCACUUAUCCGAGCUAAGUGGGCCGGCAGAAGCUUGGAUAAGCGAAUAUCUUGGAUAAUAAGGAGGGAUUAAGGGAAAGCCUAUUAAACAUCAAAUUAUUAUUUAUUAUUUAUUUAUUUUAUUUCCCUUAUUUCUAUCCCGCCCUUCUCACCCGAAGGGACUCAGAGUGGCUCACAGUCUGGCAAAAAUUCAAUGCCAAUAUACAAUACAAGAAGAUAAAACAUAACCAAUUAAAACAAUUGGAUAAUUUAACAAAAUACAAUAAAUACAUUUAAAACAAUAGAAUUAGGUUAUGAUUUUACAAAUCAAGCACCAAAACAUGUUUUACAACAAACUUGACAGAAAAAGCAGUUCAAUAUGUAGGAAUGUUAUGUUGUAAUUACUGUAUUUAAGAAUUUAGCACCAAAAUAUCACGAUAUAUUGAAAACAUUGACUACAAAAAUGGCUUGGAUAAGCGAGGCUUGGAUAAGUGAGACUCUACUGUAUAUAUAUCCCUGUGGAAUGAUGUCCAGGGUGGGAGAAAGAAAAAUGUCUUAUCUGUUGGAGGAAGGAGUGAAUGUUGUAUUUGGAUACCUUGAUUAGCACUGAAUAGCCUUGAUCACUGUAUCCUGGCCCGCUGAUGGAGUAUUUUGUUAUUAGUUCUUAUAACUGUGGUGAAUUGAUUGACUUGUAUGGUUAGUGUACUUAUGUUCAUCGUUGUAUUAUGUUUUGUUGUUGUAUGGUUUCCUUGCUAUGUUGGAAACCGCCCCGAGUCCCAUGAGGAGAUAGGGCGGUAUAGAAAUAAAGUUUUAAGUUUUAUUAUUGCAGCUUCAAGGUCUGGCUGCUUCCUGCCUGGAGGAACCUUUUGUUUGGAGGUGUUAGCUGGCCCUGGUUGAUUCAUGUCUGGAAUUCCUCUGUUUUCUGAGAGGUGUUCUUUAUUCACUGUAUUCCCACCCUGGACAUUAUUCCACAGAUAUAUAAACCCCACUUAAUACCUCGUUUCCAACAGACCUCACAAAUUCUGAGGAUGUCUGCCAUGGAUAUGGCCGAAACGUCAGGAGAGAAUGCUUCUGGAACAUGGCCAGGCAGCCCAGAAAACUCACAGCAACUCAGGGAUAUAUACAAAUGUAAUAAUAAUAAUAAUAAUAAUAAUAAUAAUAAUAAUAAUAACAACAGAAGAUAUAUAGCUGCUUUGAGUUUUCUCCAGGAAAGAUAAAGCAGUCUAUAAUAAUAAUAAUAGCAAUAGCAAUAAUAAUAAUAGAUAAUAGAUUUGAGUGUCAUUCAGCUAACACCUCUCAACAAAGGAUUCCCCCUGGCAGGAAGCAGCCAGACCUUGAAGCUGCAAGGCUAUUCAAUGCUAAUCAAGGUGAUUAACUACAACAUUCACACUAGCCUCCAACUGACAAAGUUCUUCUCUCACCCUGGACUUCCCACAGAUAUAUAUAAACCUUCCUUGCUGAGUUUCCCCAUAUCUCACAACCUCUGAGGAUGCUUGCCAUAGAUGUGGGAGAAACGUCAGGAGAGAAUGCUUCUGGAACAGGGACCCUGACCUCUUGGGAGUCGCCUUCCUUGGAGGCGGGAUGGCCAUCUGUUGGGAGGGCUUAGGUUGGGGCCAGGCUAGAUGACCUUCGGGGGUCCCUUCCGGAGGAGAGGCCUGAGCUGGCCUAGCAAUAAAGGCCUGGCCCUGC